CCUUUCUCUGGGUCCUGCUGAAACCCUUGGGCUGCUCCAGGCCUGUUUAGGCGCAGACGACAUCCGCUGCGGGCGCUGCUCUCCAAUGUGGGGCACAGGUCUCCUUGUCCGCUGAGGUCCGAGCUGCUGACAGCAGGGACUCCGUGUGUACCAGGGGGACGUGGGCCAUGGAGCACCCCAGCGUGGAGCCUGGACAGACUCCGAGGGGGGCAGGGUGCUGUGACCGCUGGGUGAGGUGGUGGGCCUCAGGAAACAACACACAGCUCCACUCCAUCUUUGGUAGGAGGCCUGUGCGCCUGCGUGCCCGUGUACGGGAUUGUUUGCUUUAUGAAGCUUUCACGUUGACGCAAACGUUUUAUCUUUAGCAUUUAAUCUCCAAACUAUAGCCAUUGGGCUGGGUGAACAUCAUCAACAGAUACAUGUCACAGAGCAAGCACACAGAGGCGCGGGAACUCAUGUGCUCAGGGGCACUGCUGUUCUUCAGCCACGGCCAACAAAAUAGUGCUGCGGACUUGUCCAUGCUGGUCUUAGAGUCGCUGGAGAAGGCAGAAGUCGAGGUGGCCGAUGAGCUGCUGGAAAAUCUGGCCAAACUGUUCAGUUUGAUGGACCCAAAUUCUCCAGAACGAGUGGCUUUUGUGUCUCGAGCCCUGAAGUGGUCCAGUGGAGGAUCUGGGAAACUGGGCCACCCCCGGCUCCACCAGCUGCUGGCCCUCACCCUCUGGAAAGAGCAGAACUACUGUGAGUCCCGGUACCACUUCCUGCACUCUGCGGACGGCGAAGGCUGCGCCCACAUGCUGGUGGAGUACUCGACCUCCAGGGGCUUCCGCAGCGAGGUGGACAUGUUCGUGGCCCAGGCUGUGCUACAGUUUCUCUGUUUAAAAAACAAAAACAGCGCGUCGGUGGUGUUCACGACAUACACACAGAAGCACCCGUCCAUCGAGAACGGCCCUCCGUUCGUACAGCCUCUGCUCAACUUCAUCUGGUUUCUGCUGUUGGCUGUAGACGGAGGCAAACUGACCGUAUUCACGGUGUUGUGUGAGCAGUACCAGCCGUCCCUGCGGCGGGACCCGAUGUACAACGAGUACCUCGACAGGAUAGGACAGCUCUUCUUCGGUGUGCCGCCCAAGCAGACUUCUUCCUACGGGGGCUUGCUAGGGAACCUUCUGAGCAGCCUCAUGGGCACCUCGGAGCAGGAGGGCGAGGACAGUCAGGACGACAGCAGCCCCAUUGAGCUCGACUGACCCUGCCCGCCUGGCCUGCAUGAAGACGCCCUGACCCCGGGCCCUCACACCCGGGGCUCCCGUUGUGAGGCGAUGGCGGCCGCCCGUGAGCCCGUGAGCUCGCCCGGGGCUGCGGCUGGGCCGGCUGGGCUGCACCUGCACCUUCAGACUGACCCACAAUAAAGCACAGGCCUUGCCGCGCUACCACCCUUUCCCUGUCCUUUGUGUCUGGUUUGCUUUGGGAGACGACCCGGCGGCGGCGCAGGCCCGCAGGCCCGACCCUGUCGAAGAUGGUGUGGGGGGCGGCCGCCAGUGGCCCGGAGAGCAUCUGGGCAGCCGCUCUGGGCGGCACCGUGAGGCCGCGGCCAUUUGGGAUCAGGAGUCCUUUCCACGUUUCGUAAUGCAGUAUUUAUUUUCAUUGGGUGAUUGGUUCCUUUGACCUGGCAUUGUAGGUUUUAACCAAAUAACCAGGAGUGAGCAGAUCUGCCCUUUCUCACGCUAUACCAGAUGUUCCCAGAGCAAUGACGAGAGGGGAAACACUUUAUUUUUUCACAAUUAAAUAAGAGUUGUAGAUUAAUACACAGUGAUCAUGCAUGGGAAGGAGUUGAGAUACACACUUUUAUUGACUGUAAAAUGGAAUUUAAAGGAAGGUUUGUGUUACUUGUUGAGUUGAAAUAAAUCCUUUAUACUGGGCUUUGCAGCGCUCGUCCUUUCUGAGUGAGCUCCUGGGGCCGGCGGGCGGGAGCGGUUGCCGAGACCAGUGGUGGCCGGGUCUGUGCGCGCUGUGCCCGCAGGGGGCGCUGUGGACGGCCACGAGCGGCCAGUGUCGGGAAGGUCUUGUGAUUCGUGUGUAACUACGUGGUGGUUUCUUUAAAUGUGAGAAACCAAAUCCAGUGGGGUCCUGCCUUGUCACAGGUUCUGCGUGCAGGCCACGGGGUGGGGGAAGGAGAGCGCUGAGCCCCCCCACAAACUACCCACCGGGGCUCUCUGUGGAGGGUGGUGGUGGAGGGAGUCCUCGCAAGGGGCA